GGAGGCGGGCAUGUUUACAUUAAGACCACACGCAUUCCGAGCACUCGGGCAGUGUCUGGGCAUCGCGAAGCUUUCUAUGGUUGAUUUAUACCUCCUCGCGCCUGGUUCCUUUGUUGCUGAUAGUGCACAUAUAUACUGACCAUGGUCUUGCGUUUUGGGUGUACAUAGCCGGGUGUUGUCCGGAGUUUGGUCUUAGUUAACAGUUGAUUUGUUGGUAGAUCUUGAUUAAAUGAGACGUUUGUGAGGUAUUUUUUUGUUAACAGCUUGGCGGCUGUCAUGUAAGGUACAUGCCUAUUAUUUCUUUAAGCCCAGGCAUGUUUACAUGAAAAUAUCUUCUUAUGGGGAUAAGUUAAGAUGGUCUUUGAUGAGUUAAAUGACCAUGUGACUUAAUUGUGCAUGAGAAUCUAGCCCUCUAGCUCUAGCUCUCUAGCUCUCUAUGGUGCUGCUCAUUGUGGUGUUCCUUUUUUGCCAUUGGCAUGUUUCUUUAACUGCAGGUCUGCUGUCAUCAAAGUACAUAAUGCAUGUACAUCAUGCAUGGAUCUUUUACUAGGCAUUUGAGAGUAAUAUGCAUCAUUGUCUCUAUAAUUAGGCAUCAGUCUGUGAUGUGUGACUGUGUCAUUGCAUUUUUCUUUAAAGACACCCAUUUGCUUUCACAUGAUUGACUGUGGCCAGUUGGCAGCAUUACUGGCAUGUUAAUGAGUUCCUAAUCUAACAUUAUUCAUGUGCCCAUAAAAUCUCCAGAUUCAAGAUGUCAGGUAGCAGGACAGAUCGGAUAUAUCGGUCUAUUCUGCUCACCAAGUUCUUCACCAAAGGAUGGGGCAAACCUGACAGUCUGAAACGUCUAUUUGAAUUCCGCAAAGUCAUGAGUGAUCGGCAGCGAUGCAGGGAACUUGUUGACAAGGAUCAUCCUGUAACAAUAACCAAGGAAGAGCGCUACCGCGACUACACGCUGCUGGAGGGCGAACUGGAGUCGCCGUUCGUGCGGCACUGCCCGGGCCUGCUGCCAGUGGAGUCAGAGCGGGCCUACUUCCAGGCAGUGCUGCCAGUGCGCUGGAAUACCCAUCUGCGACCCACCGUGCUCCACCUGGCCGGCACCGGCGACCAUUUCUUCUGGAAGAGGAGAAGUCUGUUGGCGCGACCGCUGUUAAAGGAGAACAACAUCGGAUCCAUCAUACUGGAAAAUCCAUUUUACGGCCUACGAAAGCCACCAGAUCAAGUGCGCUCGUGUCUCCGCUGCGUCUCGGACCUGUUCGUGAUGGGUGGCUGUCUGAUCCUCGAGUCGAUCGCGCUGUUCCAUUGGGCCAGGCGGCACGGGCUGGGCCCGCUCGGCAUCACCGGCAUCUCCAUGGGAGGCCACAUGGCGUCGCUGGCUGCUUCGGUCUGGCACGAGCCGCUACCGCUGAUCCCCUGCCUCUCGUGGACCACCGCCUCAGCUGUGUUCACCAGUGGUGUUCUCAGUAGCGCAAUCAACUGGGAUCUACUGGAAAAACAGUACGUCUCUGACAAUGUCUACCGAAACGAGCUCAGGAAGAUGGUUAAGGUUAUCGGGGUGAGUGGACGCAAGAUUCUCGGCAUUCAGCGUUGUGGUACAGCUUUGAUAGGCGGGGCGAGACCCCGGAGGCUCCCCAGCCGGCCGCGGAGGGAGACCACUUCCACGCGGGCCGCCAGUUCGCACGCGGCUUUCCGCACGAGAUGGCCGAGGAGGGGCGCCGCCUCGCCCAGCGCGUCGUCGGCCGCCGCCGCGCUCGGCGGCACGCUCGCCCGCCUCGCCAGCGUCAACCCGCUCACCAGCAUGGCGCGCUCCAAGUCGCAGCUGGUCAGGCCUGCCGUGAAGGGCACGGCGUCGCCGUCCCGUCCGGCCACCAAGGCCGAGGCGUACCACUUCAUGCGCGGCAUCAUGGACGAGUGCACACACCUGGCCAACUUCCCCGUGCCCGUGGACCCGGAGCUGGCGCUUAUCGUGCAGGCCCGCGAUGACGCCUACGUGCCCCGGGACGGCCUCAUGAGCCUGACGGAGCUGUGGCCCGGCUCCUCGGUCCGCUUCAUCGACGCCGGUCACGUCGGCGCCUACCUCUUCAACCAGGACACCUUCAGAGAGGCGAUCGCCGAUACUUUCGAGAAGAUGAUCCAGAAAUAUCGGCUAUGAUGCGGGGCGCCUACACGGACCGCGGACGGGACGUGCACGAUGCGGUGCGUGUCUACGACCGGUAGCGUCAGCCGGCCAGUGCCAGAGAACGUCGACACAAAACCGAGUGUUGCGCGAUGUCGUUUAGGAGUUCCGCUCAGACUUGCUCCUGAGCGAGGUGCCCGGUGAGUGCUCGGUGAGUGCUCGGACACCGGUAGCGCCUGAUCCGUAGUCUGGAAAGUGGUAGGCUGUGCAACCCAAACCCGUCUUUUAGAGGCAUUGGAAUCGGAGAGCCCGCGGGACUGUCUGACGCUCAGGUGCAAUGGGAAGGCGUUACAGUCGCGAGCUUUUUAGUUCCCUGAUGUCCGCGUGCGUUUGUUUGAAAACGCGCUCGUGCAACCCAUGCUGGUCACUUGCUGCCCGUUGUCAGUGAAACUGAUCACGGAGUGAUAUUGUUCGAUGUCCCGCGAGGAACUGAUCACGGAGUGACAAUGUUCCGAUGUGGUGUGCAAAACUGAUCACGGAGUGAUAUUGUUCCGAUGUCCUGUAAGAUUGGAUAUAUUUUCUAAUGUCACCUGGGAGUUGCUGAUGUGCCCAACUGCCCAUUCGGAUGCAAUCCUCGCGGUGGUAGCGGCGUAUUUUUGUACACGUGAGGUUGGCGAGAGUGCGGUCGUAAGGCCGACCGGUUACCUCCGUGGCGCUGUCAUGGCGAGAGUGCGGUCGUAAGGCCGACCGGUUACCUCCGUGGCGCUGUCAUGGCGAGAGUGCGGUCGUAAGGCCGACCGGUUACCUCCGUGGCGCUGUCAUGGCGAGAGUGCGGUCGUAAGGCCGACCGGUUACCUCCGUGGCGCUGUCAUGGCGAGAGUGCGGUCGUAAGGCCGACCGGUUACCUCCGUGGCGCUGUCAUGGCGAGAGUGCGGUCGUAAGGCCGACCGGUUACCUCCGU